AUGUCUGACGUUUCAGAGCAGGAUAAGGAGGGAGAAACCGUCGAACUAAUCGAUAGGAGAGAAAAACGAUCGAGAAUUCCGACGCAAAAGGGUUUUCAAAACGCCCUUGUCAAGAAAACGGCAGUUUUUAACAAACAGACAAAAUUAUUGCAGCAAGCUAUCGCUUCAGUGUACACCUCGAUUGAAAAGGGUGAAAAAUUAAUCACGCUUGAGCGCGCCGUUACGUCACUUGAAAUAAACAAGCAAACAUUUGAAAGCGGUUAUAGAAAUCUAGAGCGCCUGAUAACUGAAGACAGAUGGAAUGAGAGUGCAGAAAUGAAAGACGUAGUUAGAGAAACAAAGGAAAAGUAUAUUCGAUAUGCGGAUUCAGCUUUACGACAAGCAGCAGAACUCUUGAGUACAGCUGAGAAAUUUGAUGUUGCAUCCAAAGGCCCAAGAUUAUCAGAAGACUCAAGAAUAUUAAAGUCAUCUCGAGUAUCAUCUCAUGCAUCGUCGACUUCAGCUAGAAUGAAAGCCAUGGCUGAUGUAGCGGCAGCAAGGGAAGAAGCGGAGUAUGAUGUCCUGAUGGCUGAGAAAGAGGCUGAAGCGGAAUGGAAUCGAGAAGCUGCGCGAGCACAACACAAUAGAGAUAUGGUGGUUUUGGAGGCGAAAAAGAAAAAAGCUAUCGCCGAAGCAAAACUAGAGGCAAUCGAACAGUCUAUCAGUGACGUAAGAUCAAGCAUGAGCAAAACAGAGAUAGUUGCACAAAGCGAAGCGUCAGUGACGUCACGCACUAAAUCCUGGAUAAGUCAGCAAAAAGAUAACGUCCAACUGGAAACGAAACGACGGGAAGCGCACAAAACAGAAAAACCACCCCCUGCCUACAAACUGCAAAAAGAAGCCUCAAAGUUAGAUACAGAUACGCAAAUCCAAGAAAAUCGUACAGACAACUCAGGACCCAUACUUCACGAAGGUAUGAGAGCUGUCGCAACAACGAAUGAGAAAUUGGCGGCAAAUAUUGCAAGAAUGAGCCUUCCUAAAUGCCAACCUGACCUGUUUGCCGGAGACGUUACAAUGUUCCACCCUUGGAAAGGCGCGUUUAAUAGUAUGCUACGAGGUGCCAAUGUUACUGCAGAACAGGAGAUGAAUUAUCUGUACAUGUUUACCAGAGGUGGAUCCCAGAGACUGGUGAAUAGCUUUCGAAAGAGACAGUACAGCAAUAUGUCAAAAUUAUUGAAAGAGCUUUGGUUAGAACUGGAGAAUCGAUAUGGCAACACAGCCAUCAUAACAAAUGCCUUUUUGGUGCAACUGAGAGAAUCAGCAAAGUUUGGAGAACAAGAAAAGAAAAAGCUGCAGGCAUUCUCGGAUCUAUGUCUCGAUGUAGCUUCACAAAUCGACCAACUCCCCGGUCUUGGAUGUUUGAAUUAUCCGACGGCAAUGCGACCAAUCCUUAAUGUUCUACCAGAGAGAAUUUGUCAUAGUUGGGAGAAAAAAGUCGUUGAAUUUGCAAAGUGCCAUAACAACGCCUACCCACAGUUCGAAGUAUUUGCGAACACAGUAGAAAAACAGUCACAAUUGUGUAACCACCCUAACGUUACAGCCUUAGCGGAUAGCUUACAAAGAGACAAGAACAUGGCAGGAAAACAACACUAUAAAGUCUUAAAAGGAGAUAUGGGGCAAGCACAAGAGUCGACAAACAAGAAACGUUGUAUAUUCCACGAUAUCGAUGGUCAUAAUCUAUUAGAGUGCAAAACGUUCGCACGGAAAACGCUUCAGGAAAAAACAGACUGGUUGAAAAGAGCUGGACUAUGUUUUCGAUGCCUGACACAAAAACAUGACUGCAAAACAGAAGUGAAUUGUACGAAGUGCGGCAGUAAUCGCCACCUCGGGAUACUGCACAUGGAGAAGAAAAUAAUGAAGGAGGAGGAGAAAGAAGAAGUAAAAUCAGCCUGCACGGACAUUUCGCCAACGUCUAUUGAAGGGGUCUCAUGCAGCAAGAUCGUUCUGUUAGAUGUUUUUCAUCCAAAAACACCACAAAAUAUAGUAAAAGUUUACGCAUUGAUUGACGAACAAAGCAACGCGUCUUUGAUUGCUCCAAAGCUCGUCGACGAUCUCGGACUGGAAGGACCAAAAGAGAAGUAUUGUCUAACCACGUGUAGUUCAUCAAAAGAAACCCACUAUGGCCGUCGCGUCUCUGGACUAACAAUAACAUCCUCGGACGGAGUUUUAAUGAAAUUACCAACAUUAGUUGAAUGCGACAAUAUACCCUCCGAUAAACGCGAGAUCCCAAUACCUGAACAAGUUAAAAGGUACGGUCAUCUUCGUGAAGUAGCAGACAAAUUACCUCCAUUAAAUUCGGAAGCUGAAGUCCAACUACUAAUUGGUCGUGAUGCACCCGAGAUAAUGAAAGUUAGGGAAGUCCGCAAUGGGCCGAAAGGAGCUCCGUGGGCGCAUAGGUUGGCUGUUGGCUGGACCGUAUGUGGUCGAAUGUGUGUCAACCGUCAAGGAGGACCUAUUCACAUUACGACUCACCGAACCGUCGUCCGCGAUUUAUCCAAUAAACUUGAGGAUGGUGUUCAAGUUCAUUCACAAACAAAGGUUAAUCAUCCAUACCAAACCUUGUACACUGAAUAUUUAUCAUGCCCAAAUAAGUUAGAGGUGAAAGACUGCUACGAUGAACCAGAAGAUGUUGUUUUCCAGACUACAGUUCGUGAUAAUGAACCAAGCUUGUCUAUCGAAGAUCGACGAUUCCUAACACUUAUGGACGAAGCAAUCCACAAGAACGAGAAAGGGAACUGGGAAAUGCCAUUGCCUCUUCGCAACUUGGAUGUAAAGUUUCCAAACAACCGAAAACAAGCAGAAAGUCGUAUGAACAAUUUAUUACAAUCAUUCAAGAGAAAACCGAAAAUGGAAAAGGACUACCUGGAAUUUAUGGAAAAAUUGCUAGAACGUGGUCAUGCUGUCCCUGUGCCAUCCAUUGAUUCCACGAAUGAAGUAACGAAUCCCGAGAAGGUUUGGUAUCUUCCUCAUUUGGGAGUCUACCAUCCGAGGAAACCAGGCAAGAUUCGCGUGGUGUUCGACUCAUCCGCAGAAUUCCAAGGUUCAUCGCUGAACAAAGAACUGCUGUCAGGUCCAGACAUCUUGAACAAUCCUCUCGGAAUACUCAUUCGAUUCAGGCUAAACCACGUCGCAGUUGUCUGCGACAUAGAACAGAUGUUCCAUAACUUUUACGUUAGCCCUACGCACCGAAACCUUUUACGAUUUCUCUGGUUUGAAGGGAACGAUAAAACAAAGAUUAUUGAAUAUCAUAUGACAGUGCACCUGUUCGGAAACACUUCCAGCCCAUCUGUCGCGAUGUUCGGUCUUAGAAAGACAGCUGAUGAUGGUGAGGAGAAAUUUGGUCAAGUCGUCAAAGAAUUUGUUAAAAAUGAUUUUUAUGUUGAUGACGGUUUAACCUCGUGUUCAACCAGCAAAGAAGCAAUUGACCUUAUUAAGAACUCACAGUCAAUGCUGGCAACCGCAAACCUUCGUCUACAUAAGAUCGCCUCAAAUUCAACGCAAGUGAUGGAAGCUAUACCACUGGAAGAUCAGGCUGAGAGCCUUCGAGACCUUGAUCUUUAUUGUGAUCCUCUACCAUCGCAACUUUCCUUAGGUAUAGUCUGGAAUCUACAAAAGGAUACCAUAUCCUUCAGAAUUUCUUUACCCGAGAAGCCUUUCACUCGGCGUGGUGUCCUAGCAGUAAUUAAUUCUAUCUACGAUCCUCUGGGACUUGUUAUUCCAUGGGAUGGCCCUUCAUCUGUGGCACCAUCUACUCUGAUACAGUCAAUUUGUCCAGCAAGGGACGAUUUCGCUUCAUCAUGA